CAACGUCACGUGGUGCGGGGCUGAAUUAUAGACUUGAAUUGAUAGAGCGGACACUCCCCCUCAGUGCACAAUGAGUGGCCGGGGCAGCGGCCGCUCGCUCCCUAAAAUUAGUGCCACAAACUGUUUAUCGCUGUCGUAAUGUAAGUAAUUUAGUUUGAUGGCAGCCUUAUCAGGUUAUGCUGAGACCAUGUAAGGGCUCUCCCUUCUAUCCAGCCCAGCUCUGUGCUCUGAAUCCUCUGCAGUCUGCAUCAGCAAAGUGUCUUGGCAUCACUUCUCGUCCUUCCUCCGGUGUCCAUUCCGGCGUCAUGUGAAGGGGGCUUACGGUGGUUUCUCUCACCCUACACCGGACCCUCAUCCGUCGAUCUCAUUCGUCAGUGCCGAGGUCCUCGUCUUGGUGGACCAUCUGGGGGUAGUGUCCCUGUCUCCGCUGCUCCCGGUUUAUCCAGCACUCUGUGGCGUGCGGCGGAGCCGAGGAUGAGCGAGCAAGGGAAGGGCUCGGCAUCCGCCUCUGCCGCGGCCCCAGCACCAGGGUCGGAUACUUACAAAGGCUGGCUUUUUAAAUGGACCAACUAUCUGAAAGGCUACCAGCGGCGGUGGUUUGUCCUCAGCAAUGGCCUGCUGUCAUAUUACAGGACACAGGCAGAGAUGGCCCACACGUGCCGAGGAACUAUAAACCUUGCAACUGCACACAUCGACACAGAGGACGCCUGCAAUAUUGUGCUGAGCAGCGGCGGCCGCACUUACCAUCUGAAGGCCAGCACAGAAGUGGAGCGGCAGAGAUGGGUCACGGCAUUGGAGUUGGCCAAAGCUAAAGCCAUCCGCAUGAUGAACGAUCAGUCUGAUGACUCAGGGGACGAGGAGCCCACGUCCCAGUCAGACCGCAGCGAGAUCCAGGGCACCCUGAAGAUACUUAUCAGCAAGCUCGAUGACCUCAGCACGUGUAAUGACCUGAUCGCCAAGCACGGGGCAGCCCUGCAGCGCUCCCUGAGUGAACUCGAAGGCCUGAAAGUCCCUGUGGAGGGAGGAGAAAAAAUCAAGGCAGUCAACGAGCGAGCCACCCUCUUCCGCAUCACUUCCAAUGCUAUGAUCAAUGCGUGUCGAGACUUUUUGGACCUAGCCGAGACUCACAGUAGGAGAUGGCAGCGGGCUCUGCAGUAUGAGCGAGAGCAGCGUACCCAUCUAGAGGAGACCAUUGAGCAGCUAGCCAAGCAGCAUAACAGCCUGGAGCGAGCGUGGAGAGAAGCACCCACGCUUGUUUCCAGCGCACCCAGUGCCCCUACCACCAACAAGGGGAGUGAGAGGUCGCGGAAAGAGGAGGCAAGUGAUGAAGAUGAGGAUACUGAGUACUUUGAUGCCAUGGAGGAUUCCCCUGCGUUUAUCACAGUGACUGCCAGUGAGAGCACGCAGCACAGGCGAUCUCAGAGUAAUUUGAGCGGAGCGAGCGGAGGCCAGCCCGGUGACUGGAACCAGGACGACCAUAUGUCUCCAAGCUGUAACGAUGUGUCAGGAAAGGAGCUUCAGCCGCGCAGACAAAGGCGGACUCAUAUCCCAGACAAACCCAAUUACUCCCUCAAUUUGUGGAGCAUCAUGAAGAACUGCAUCGGCAAGGAGCUUUCUAAAAUCCCCAUGCCUGUAAACUUUAAUGAGCCUCUGUCGAUGCUGCAGCGCCUCACCGAGGACCUGGAGUAUCACGAGCUUCUAGACAAGGCGGCCCGCUGCGACUCCUCACUAGAACAGAUGUGCCUGGUCGCUGCCUUUUCUGUCUCUUCCUACUCAACCACGGUCCAUCGGACAGCCAAGCCCUUCAACCCCCUCCUGGGCGAAACGUACGAGCUUGAUCGCUUGGAGGAAUUUGGCUACCGCUCGGUGUGUGAGCAGGUGAGCCAUCACCCACCUGCAGCUGCACAUCAUGUGAUUUCCCAAAGAGGCUGGACCUUAUGGCAGGAAAUCACCAUCGCCAGCAAGUUCCGUGGCAAAUACCUCUCCAUAAUGCCUCUGGGUACCAUUCACCUGCAGUUCCACGCCAGCGGGAACCACUAUGUGUGGAGAAAGGUCACCUCCACAGUGCACAACAUCAUUGUGGGCAAGCUGUGGAUUGACCAGUCGGGAGACAUUGAGAUUGUGAAUCACAGGACCAAGGAGACCUGCCAGCUCAAGUUCUCUCCCUACAGUUAUUUCUCCAGGGAUGUUCCACGCAAGGUGACAGGUGUGGUGGCAGACAGCGGGGGCCAGGCUCACUACAUCCUCUCCGGUACGUGGGAUGAGAAAAUGGAAAGUGCCAAGAUCGUUCAGAGCAGCCGAGGAGGCAGCGGGUCAGAGGGCAAGCAGAAGAUGGUCUACCAGACUCUGUCCCCUAAACUGCUGUGGAAGAAAUACCCUCUCCCGGAGAACGCUGAGAACAUGUACUACUUCUCAACUCUGGCACUGACCUUAAAUGAGCUGGAGGAUGGAGUGGCAAUGACCGACAGCCGUCUGAGACCAGACCAGAGGCUGAUGGAGGACGGGCGAUGGGAUGAAGCAAACUCCGAAAAACAGAGGCUAGAGGAGAAACAAAGAGCAGUGAGAAGGAGGAGGGAAGCAGAGGCCUCAGACGCUCUGGAUGAAGGUAGAGAAUAUGAAGGAUACCAGCCAUUGUGGUUUUACCAGAGGAGGGACUCAGUUACUGGAGAGACAAGCUUUGUGUACAAGGGGGGUUACUGGGAGGCAAAGGAGAGACAGGACUGGAGCCUGUGUCCUGACAUCUUCUAACCCAGGAACCUCCUCUGGGAUCACACCUAACCUCAUGAGACAGUGAACCGCUCCACCUCUGGUCCUUAAGCAGUGGAACGUACGAGCACCAUGUGGACCUUUUUUUUUUUUUUCUUUUUUUUGUGUGAACAUGAGAAUGUGUAUGUUUCGCACACUCUCAGAUUAUACUGUACCUCCAAAUGUACACUCUCACUCUGUUUUAACUAUGGGCGUUCCCUGAGUAGUCCUAUUUGACACUAUACUCAAACAGCAGUGAGAUCACGUGUGGAUGCGAGAUAACAGAGUUGUAACACCACACAGUAAAGCUAACCCGCACAGUCCUGACGCUCUGGUGCGCUGGAAAUGCUACCCACAAUGCACUUUUCUGUGUUCACUCCACUACAGAGUUUCCCAAAUUGGAUAGAAACCCACAUCAGAGCUGCUCAUGAUUAUAAACUGAUUAAAAAGAAUAAAGAUGGACAUAAAAACAGAACAGCAACAGUAUUUCAGUAGUUGUAAGAAAAAUGUCUUCACCCUCAGUUUUAUUCAGUGCAACAGAGAUUAAUGUGGGUCUACUUUAUUAAUCAGCCCCCUCAUUUUCUUUAUGGUAAACAUUUUAAAUGCUCAUUAUUUGCCUUUUGAUAUGUUAAAGCCGGGCUAUGAGCAACCACCGGUCACAGGGAAAACGUGUGUUUAUUUCCCAACCGGCUGACAAGUGAUUGCUGACAGUUGCUGUGAAAUCGACUGCUAAAACUCCAUUCACAGGCCUAGAGACCAGUCGGUCACCCCUCCUCCAGCAACCACCGGUCACUAAGGAAGCGUGUAUAUUACGAGAUCGGUUGGCAAGUGGUUGCAGGAGGUUGCAGAUGCUUGCAUGAAAUUGGUUCAUGCAAGAGGUUUUCGGUGCUGCAUUGAAAACCUCUUUGUGAUUGCUGCUAGCAUGUGCUAGCACUUUGCCUCAGUCACCAGCAGUUUGCAAGGGGGGGUGUUGACUUUUUUGCCAACUACUUGCCAAGUGGUAGUGAGUGAAAAUUCACUGAAACCAUAAAGUAAAAGUUGCACCUUUUGGAAUGUGUUGGUUGAAACCGCCAGAUGCAAUUUUUACUUUCACUUCUCUGGUCUGUUUUGCCCUUUUCAGUACAACUCUGAGAGGGUUUCACUAGCAGCCAAAGCAGGCACAAGGAGCCUGUGGGUAUAGCGUGCUCUGAUUUUUACCCGACGACAGCAAUCAAACUGGUUGAGGAAUACACAUUUUUUCGUAGCAACCGGCAGUUGUCAGGGGGUUGCCAAGCUAUGUCCAUGACUGAGGUAUAGAAAGUAAUGGAUGAAUGACUCUGAAAUAGUCACAGCUUUGAUUGCAUGUGUUAUAAACUAUGGAGAGUCAACGUGUUCAGUAAAUGUCAAAGAAAAACAUAAUUAAAUACAGAGAAAUGAAUGUAGGAAUAAUCACAUAAUUAACUACAGAAAAUGUAUCUAAUAUAACCAUAAAGUGAGAAAAAGCAUCAGACUAACCUCUGUAUGUCAGCUUACAGGUUUUACUUUAUUCAGUAUUAAAUAUUUUAUUUAUAAAUAGUUUUGUUUUUUUUUCAUCAAGAAGUCUGAGGACAAGUGGGGCAGAGCCCAUGUGAUUGAUUUGUGAUAUAACGGGCUCUAUAAGUCAGAAUUAGCUGACAGACUCGGUGUUGUUAUAGAAGAAGAUGAUAUUCUGGGGAAAGAGGUUAAAAAAUUUAAAAAGAUUUGGUUAAAGUGCUUUUUGUCUUAAAAGCUGCUAGAAUGAAAUAAAACCAGACAUUAGGUUUUACAAUGUAUUAUCUUUUUUUUUUCUUAAUUCAUGUGUCUUUUAAAAUUUUUAUGGUUCUGUUAUACAUUUUCUGUAUUGGUUCGUCAGAUGGAUUAAUUCUGAAUAUAUUUGUAUUUCAUUUUAAACACAUUGAGUCUCCAUAAUCUACAGCUAAUGUUUGAUUGAUCCACUAGAGAUUGGUUUAUCUCGACUAAUGAAAUAUGCAUCAAGGCAGUAAUCCUUUUUCCAUUUGGUCUGGAUAUUAAGUUUUCCCUUUAGGGACGUGCAAUUAGUCUGUUCAUGUUAGUUAUAUUAGAAAUAUGAGUUGUCUCUAUGCUUCAUUGGAUCUCAAUCAUCCUAACAUUUUCCAUUUGUGACUCUGAUUAGGAAAAAUUAUAUAGUAGUAGUUUGAUUAUAACACAUUAGUGCAACUGCAGUGGUGACAUUAAAACACUUGUAUCACUGUCACGGGAAUCUCCAUCAAAGACCUGAAUAAGCACUUUUCACUGUGGUUGACUAGAGGUUAGUAUAUAUCUCUGUGUUGAUGUUGAGAAAAUGUCACUCUGUACAUGAACACUAUCUUGUCCUCUGGUGCUCUCCCAUGGCAACACUUACCAUAUCAUCAGUGAUCGUUUUGACUAGCAUCAUCUUCAGUGAUCGUACAAAGUAUUAAGUCUGCGCCCGAUCACUGAGGCGUUCACUAGUAAACAUUAACCCGGGAAAACACCGGUUUCUUCUCACUAGUUCCACAGCAUCCAUCCCUCACUAGUUUGUAGUUCAGACGUUUCCAGUGGGGUUACUGAAUUUGAGACUGGAGCGGGUACUUCAAGGAACCCAGAGUGGCUUCAGCUGAUAGGAGGUCAAAGGUUAUAGAAGCAGACAGGGCUGGUUCCUGUAGCGCUCCUCUUUGCAGUCAGCUGUAGCCACAGAGGACAAGCCCGAGCGGCCACUCCAGGCUCUCCGCAGCUCAUUUGCCAUUUGUGGACAUGCUGAUCUGGGAUCAGCUCACAGAGGUACACUGAGUCUUUUGCCUUUAACUGACUGAAUAAGGGAACGAGUCCCCUGACCUGUGCACUACAAGUCUACGGUGACAAGAGUUUUGAAAAAAAAAAAGAAAAAAAAAAAGUCGAUAUUUUUUUGUAAUUAUUGUUAGGAAUGUAGAAUUCAUGGCUGGAGGUAUUGUAUCUACCAUCCAGCCUAUUUGUGUGAAUAUUUUGUGAUAAAACGAUGAUAUUGUAAAAGAAAAAUUAUACUAAUGUGAGUAUUGAGUUCUCUCUACAGCAGAGGUCGGGGUAGAGGGGGGACUAAAUGAGCCUGAAGAUAGACACUAACUCAGAGGUGCCCUCAAUUUGGCCAAAAACUGUGUUAACACACUGAAAAUAAUUUUUUUUUAUAUAGUUCUUAAUACUAACAUGUUGUUAGCUGUGGUUCAGUUAUUUCCUCUGAUGUGCGGGCCAUGCAGAUGUAAAACAAACACACAUACACACACAAAAAAAAAAACACUGGAAAGGAAAUUCCUUCACACAAGGAAGGAAUGCUAGGAUUUACCGAUAGAGUGAAUUUUAAGUGUGAUAAUAUGAGCUCUUAAUGUUUACCUGUCUGAUUCUUUAGCGGUGAACUAAUGAUAGUGGAGAAGUGAAUACUGGCACUUUUACUCAUUUACACAAAAGUUUUUCUUACAGUUUUGAGUUGUGGUUGUCAUGAGCAUGGUCACUUGUUAAAAGGAAUAAUUUAGCGUUUGGAAAUUCAUUUUGUUUUGAAAUUUGCUGGAGUCGGAUGAGAAGAUGAAGCCUUCUCUUGUUGUAAAUAUGAAGCUACAGGCGGCAGUUUAGCUUAGCUGUACUCAAAAAAACUGGAAACGUGGGGUAGCUCGGCUCUGACCACCCAUCAGCCCCUCUAAAUUUCACCUCCAUCUUUGCUGGAAGUUUGCCGCUUUGGUGCCAGGAGGAAGUCUUGCACAUAACUAAAGAUGGAAGUUAAACCUGAUGUACCCAAAAUUUGGUACCAAAAACUGUCUUGAAAAAUGAAACAAAUUAGAUUCAUGUUAGUUUAUCAGAUCUUCAGCUGCUGGUAGCUUAUAUCCUGUUUCCUUAAUCCUAAAAUAAGUGACUGCUGCCUGUAGCCUUACAAUGUGUCGUAUUGGAGAGAAGGAGGCACAUAAGCACAUUUCCCAAAGUGUUGAGCCUUUUCUUUACAUUUUCUUUCUGCUAUCCUUCUUAUCUUGUUCAUAAAUGUGUAUCGAAGACUUGUCAUUGUACAUUGGAGCGAUCGCCACUUGAACAUGAUGAAAAUGUGGAGGUUCCCUGCAGGUUUACUUUAAUAAAUUGUGUUUGAGAUUAUUUUAUAUUUGAGAAUACAUAUUAUAUUUUGAAUGAUAAUGGAGAGCUCAUCUUAGGUUUAAAUCAAUAUAUUUCCAAACAAAAAGGUGACCUCAGUACUUGAUGGUGACUUGCCUACUGAAGUUGUCCCUUUUAAGGGCCUGUACAGUUUCGGACAGCUGUAGCAAUAAAGCAGUGGAGGUGUAGAUUUGUUAGUUUGUGGCUGUCGUUGCUUCAAAGACCGGUUGUCUGCCUCGUUUAGAAAGGGAAAAAACACAACCAAAGUGUAAGAGAAGAGUGUGUUGUAGACUAAAUAACCCUCUUCAUCUGCCUUCCCUAUCUCAGAGGGUUCAAAUGUAAACCCUCCCUGUCGCUGUUUAUCUCAUUUCAUCUGAACCUGAUGCUUAAUUCACUACGAUGUGAUUCUUGGCUUUAAUUUUCUUGCUUUUAUUUUCUGAUCUGAUUUCUUCCUUCUCAAUGGGUGCCAUUAUUCCUACAUUGGUGUUUUCAUACUAUUUGUGUGCAUAGCGAGUUUGAUUUGUGUGCACGUGCAGCAUUACAUAUCCUGCUUUUCAGUGCUGCUCAGUUUUGAGGCAGAAAUAGGCUGAUGCUGAUGAUGACGACGAAGAUGGGGAGAUUUUUCUUGCCUUGUCUAAACUGAACCUUGCUUCUUAUUCGACAGUGACUCGCAGCUUUGUGGUGAGAUUAUGGUGAUAUUAACAAUCCAUACGAUUGGUAGAAAUUAUGAGAUGUUUCACAAUAGCGACCUGGCACAGGAUUGAGGUGACUGACCUGCCUUGAUAACUCUUACUCCCAAAUACACAAAGGUGUAUUCAGGUGUUACUGCGUAUUCAGCUAAGGUUUUUCUUUUUUCCUCCCCGUUUUUUAAAAAAUAAAAUUGUGUAUUUUCUCCCUUAAUUUAUACUCGUAUAACACUGUCUUUAAACAGCAAAGACAAAACAGUGAAAAAAGAAGAUAAUAAAGAUGUUAUUGUUGACACUGGA